CCAUGGCUGAAAGAUUGAAAAAAUCCCCGAAAUGCUUUGUUGUAAGUUUUUAUACCGCCGCCACACGCAACUAAAACAGUUGUUGCGUAUGUUCUGAAAAUGGCAACUUUAAAAUCCUCCAUAAGCUAAGAAAUCUUGCCUGCCACAAGAAAGGUCGGAUCUGGGCAAACGAAGUACAUCCGUGAAGAAGAUUCGUGAAGGAGAGUGAGGAUGAACUCAAAAGCUGGAGAGCACAACUGAGAUACAAUCGCGACAGACGUCUAAGAGAAGAGUGCCUUUGACAAACCAUCCUCUCGAAUCAAAGGCCCAAGAGAGCUCUCAGUUUUACUUGAAUUGAUAUACGCCUGUAAUAGAAAACCAAACAGGCUCUAUUUGUAGAGAAAGGAGUAUUCUUCACAGUGAUAAAAUCUUCACCGCGCAGGCGAUUUCGUAAACGAUCAGAAACACGGGAGAAAUGUCUACGAUGUCGACAAAUUCUACAGAUAAUGACACCGUUGGUUUUUCGCUUCAAACAGUUCCUGCCUUAGUUUUCAUGGUGUUUAUUUUGUUUAUUAAUGGCGGUGUUAUAUUUCUCAUAGCUUCAUAUUCGGUCUUACAAACGGCAAGCAACAUCAUCUUAGCCAGUUUAGCCGUAUCAGACUUCUUGGUAGGUCUGGUUGGGAUUCCACUCCUCGUGGCAUGCACCUCCACUAUAAUAUCUCCCAUUUGUGUCAGCUCUUAUACAUUUUUCUCAUUUAUGGCCUUCUCCACCGUACUCCACAUCACCGCGAUGACCUGCGAUCGUUACAUCUACAUCAUCUGGGCGCUACGUUACCGUGACAUCGUCCAUCGCAAAAGAGUUAUGAUCGUCCUCGGCAUUACGUGGUUUCUCAGCCUCAUCUCUUUGGUUCGACUUUCAUGGACUUGGAACAUCAAAAUAGAAACAGCCCCUGAGGACCUGGAACGUGAUCGCCAAAAGGAGACUAUACUGUUUUUGUUUAACGUCAUCGUAUUUUUUCUGAUCCCACUCAUUAUCAUGGUUGUUCUUGAUACCCAUAUGCUGUUGCUGCUUAGAAGUCAGUGUCAGAGAAUUGCGCGGGAGAAUUUGCCGACAGAGUUUGUGAAACGCGAGAGGAAGCUUCAAGAAAAGCGCCAGAGAGCUGUGUUAACUUGUGUUCUCCUUCUCGCGUUGUACGUCAUUUUCUGGCUGCCGUAUUUCAUAUUGGAGAUCUUACAACAGAGCCAUAAUAAUAAUGUACCUCAUAUGGUUGUUUUCACCAUCUACUACCUAAGGCUUUGUACAUCGAUAUUCAACCCACUUGCGUACACUUUAAGGAAACGAGAUCUUCGAGGGAAAGUUCGACAUAUCGCUUAUAACUUAUUUCCUAAACUAGCGCAGGACACAGUCGAGAACCGCACUGAUCAGUUUCCCCUAAGUAGUCGAACAGACUUGUAAAUGUUAGUGAAAUAAUUACGAAAUAGCUCAUCAUUACUUGCGUUUCCUGUUAGUCAAGAAGCUGUCGUUUAUUGUCUUUGUAAACUUGUGAGAAAUUUGAAAACUUUCAACUAAUUUUGUAAAAACGAUAAACCGUCUUGCUAUCGAUCGAUUUUGGGAGAGCUGUAACAAACAGUGGAUUCGUGUGCGGUUUAAAGCUAAUAGAGUCCGGUUCAAAAUUGAAAAUAAGAGACUCACGAUCACAGAUCGAUAAAGGACAACGCCAAGAAAUGGUGGGAAAAGGUGUUUUAUAUACGCCGACCUCUGGUGGUUUACCACAUCGUGACAUUUAAACGUGGUUCGUUGAUGAAUAUCAAGUUGCAAUUGAUGGUCACAUGACAUCUACUAAAACCAUAAUCAUCACGCUGAUAGACAGGAAUAUGGAAAUUCUUAGUUUUGCUUUCAAGAAACGUAGCUCGCGACAGUUUUGCUAAUCGACGAGGAUUAAUGUUUGACCUUUUCUUUUAAUUACAUACAUUGAAAAAAUAUUUCAAAACUUAGAAAUAAACUCAUUCAGCAUGGACGGUUAAGGUAUCAAACUAUAUCAUACUACUAUCGAUUGAAACUUACAUUUUUUUUUGGGGUGAAAAAUUUACAUCUAUUCAUGAAACACCUAUUCCCCUUGUAAAGCAGAGGUGGAGUAAUAUUGAAAUUAACUGAAGUCCCUUAUGUUUUGUGCGGCCAGGGCGAGCCUUGAAUAACAAUCUUAUGGCUCCAUUCUCAUCGCAAGGAAUGUAGUUUACGUCGAAUUAAUAGUUCACCACAAACAUUCUCCUAGCUUGUCAAAAAUGGUGUUGUUUGUGUCUGGGCAAACAUCAGUUUAAACUAUAGAGAUUGUGUAAGCAUCUUAUCAGUUUGAAUUUCGUUUUAUAGUGUGUCGAUGUAUCGUAUUUAGGACACCUGGGAAUUUCCCCUCUUAAAAGGACAGUUAGAAAGAUAUCAAGUUCCUUUUUAAUCAAUGAAAUUUAUUAUUUCCCUUAUUCCAAACUUCCAUCUACAAAAGAAUAUUCUAGAAAAGGAAACCCGAACAUUGUUCACGUAACCUCAAAUAUUUAAAUUUAGAGUGUUUUGUUAUGAACAAAAGUCACGCAUGAGCAUCACAUAAUCAUUUUACGAGUAUUUUGUUUUUCGUGUGGCCAAAUAAACGGGCACAAACAAGCCUUCUUUCCUCAACUUAUCGUUUUCAUUCUGUUUAGUAUUCCAGCUUUCAUUAACCAGUUUAAUUCCAUAAGUUUCAUGCCUCAUUUAUUAUGUAUGACUCCAUGCCAACGAAGAUAUAAAAAGCAUAUUGGCAAGUUUCAAAAUCUUGAGCGAUGUGUGAUUAAGUAAUUAUUUUGGACAUUCUGCCAUUGAA